GUUGUAGCAUCGAAUCCGGGACUGAGAUUGCGUGAUGAGAUGGUUCUGGAGCUCAGCGCACCGAGCGCAAGCUCUUAAGGCCUCUUGAUGCUGUGUUGCGGCGGCCUUGAAGCUCCGCAGCCCCUCGUCCUCGAGCGCCCACGAUGCAUCCCUCGACGCUUGGAAAAGUCCGAGCAUACUGGCUUGGCUGUGUAGUAUGCAUUGGCGGGUUUCUUUUCGGCUAUGACAGCGGCAUCGUCGGGGGCGUCCUGACGCUGCAAUCGUUCGUCAACUCCUUCCGCUAUAACACCGCACACAAGACUCGAGUCAACAGCCUCGCUGUAGGCCUGCAGCAGCUGGGAGCUUUUCUCGCCUGCUUCGUCGCCUGGCCGCUCACGAACCGCUAUGGCAGACGCAAGGCGCUGAUGCUGUCGUCGGCCGUCUUCGUGGUCGGCGCGAUCAUACAGACAAUCGACACGCACUCCAUGGGCGCCUUCUACGUCGGGAGAAUCAUCGCGGGCAUCGGACUCGGCGCUGCGACUGUUGUAGUUCCCAUGUAUAGCAGCGAGAUGACCCCGAAGGAGCUGCGCGGCAAGAUUGGCAGCUUUUUCCAGCUCAAUUUUACCGUCGGCAUCUUCGUCUCCUACUGGGUCGACUACGGCGUCCUCAAGGGCGUCUCCUCCUCGAAAGCGGCGCAAUGGCAAAUACCAAUCGGCCUGCAACUCGUCCCCGCCGCCUUCCUCGGUCUUGGCAUGCUCACGCUGAAGGAGUCGGUCCGAUGGCUCACACAGAAAGGAAGACAUGAAGAAGCUUGGGAGAGCCUGAAGUGGAUCCGCGCCGACGAAUCGCAAGCGACCCUCGAAGAAAUGGAGGAGAUCCGCACCGGUGUCGAGAUCGAGGAGCGCGAGACCGAGGGCUUCCAGGCAAAAGAACUCCUCGAAUGGUCCAACUUCAAGCGCAUCUUUACAGCCUUCGCCGUCUUUACCGCACAGCAGGCCACGGGCGCCACCGCAUUCGCAUACUUCGGUCCGCAAUACUUCAAGCUUCUGGUCGGCGGAGGAGACAAGGACCUUCUCCUGACGGCCAUCUUCGGCGCCAUCAAGGUCGCUGCGUGCGCCUCGUUCGUCUUCUUCCUCUCGGAGCGAGUCGGCCGCCGACAGGUUCUCAUUUGGGGCGCCACAUUCAUGGCGGCAUGCCAGAUCACCACCGCCGCCGUCGUCAAGGCUAUCCCGUCUCCCGAAACAGGAGCAGUCACGUCCAGUGGGAUUGCCACGGUCGCUCUGAUAUACCUCUUCGUGAUCGCGUAUAACUUCAGCUGGGGUCCUCUGCCUUGGCCAUACGUUUCCGAGAUCUUCCCGACACGGAUCAGGGAGCCUGGAGUCGCAGUCGGCGUGUCUUCUCAAUGGCUCUUCAACUUCGUCUUCUCGCUCGUCACCCCGUACAUGAUUGACAACAUGGGAUGGGGUACGUUCCUCUUCUGGGGUAUUGCCGACGCGGUCAUUGCCAUCGGUACGUUCUUCUUCCUCAGGGAAACGAAGGGCCUCUCCCUUGAAGAGAUUGCGCAUAACGACUAUCAUAAAGCACCAAACGUGAAGGAUCUUGACCCUGAACGUACAGAUCACGUGACCAUCAAGUAGCGGUCGCUAUGGAUUGAGGUCGUCUGUUUCCGCCGAUCGAUUCGAGACAGAUACAUGCCGGUCUUGGCCCGUUUGAUCCAACGCCGCGAACGCCCUCAGAAAGAGCAUGGAAUGAGCCCUCUCGAAAGCUUGAGCGUUACGGAUAGUAGCCUGAGGCGAUAAGUGUCGCCGAAUACAUACGGUUCAGAACAGCGUGUGCACCAUGAGUUAGCAGCUGA